AUGGCAGUGUACUACCGGUCCAUGUGCAGCCGGGACACGUUCCCCCUGCCAGUUGCCGCGCCAUCCAUCUCCGUCGGCGAGCUCAAGGGCCUUAUCAUGGAGACAGGCCGCUAUGGUCACGGCCGGACACGCGGCCGGAGUCCCAGGGAGAGCAUCACGAUCUCCAACGAACAGGGCGAGGAGUACGCGGACGACAGCGCGUUGGUCCUGCGCAACUCGACGGUGGUGGUGCGCCGCCGAGUGGCCGGGCCUCCGGCCGAUAGGAUCGUGCUGUGUCCGUCCGACAUACCCCCUCUAUGCCCUAGAUCGAGGCAAGACAGCGGUGGUUCGUCGUCGAAUUCGGCCUCGAGGUCCGCCGGAAACCAGGACGACCAGGCCAAAGCUACCAGCGCGGUGAUCGACAACGGCCGUGGAGCAGCGCACAAGGGGCGGGCGCCGCCGGCCGGGUACGUGUGCCACAGGUGCCGUAUCCCGGGCCACUUCAUCCAGCACUGCCCCACAAACGGCGACUCCAGAUUCGACUUCGGAAGGGCUCCGGUGCCUGCCCCUGGGCCGGCCGACGAGAGCAACGACGACGGCUUCCCGGCGGAUCUCCACUGCAGGAUUUGCAAGGAGGUGAUGGCCGACGCGGUGGUGGCGAGCAAGUGCUGCUUCAACAGCUUCUGCGACCGGUGCAUCCGAGCGCACAUCGUCGCCAACUGCAAGUGCGCGUGCGGGGCCAAGGCGAGCGCGGACGAUCUGAUCCCCAACCCGACGCUGCGCACCACCAUCUCCAACAUUCUCGCCGCCAGGGCCAGCAGCGCUUCGAGUGGAGCAGGGAAGCAGAGCAGCUCCGCCGCAAGCAACGAGGCACUCGGCCCCUUCGUCCACGUGCUCGGGCCCCGCGUCCAGGCGCCCAGCUUGGUCGCCGCCACCCCAAAUUGGUCGCCGCCGGCCUCCACCCACCUGGCUCGUCUCCGCCGCCACACGCCGUUCAUGCUUGGUCGCUUCCGCCCCACAUUGAUCACCGCCAGCCUGCACCCACCUGGCUCGUCGUCCCUACAGCAUGCAACAUGUGCCUGGUCACCGCUGCUCCAGAUUGGUUGCCGCCGGCCUGCGCCCACUUGGCUCGUCACCGCCGCCGCACGCAGCACGUGUCUGGUCCUCGCCGUGCCAAGCCUAGUCCUUGUUGCGCCCUGGUCCUCCUGCCACACGCAACACUCCAACAACACUCCAGGCAGAUCCCUUGAGUCUUUGACCGACUACAGAGCUCCCACGAAUAUCAAAGACCUUAUUCAAGGUGUGCAGGAAGAAUUUGAUGAGUAUGAUGCCGGGAAACUCAACAGAAUAUUUCUAACACUUCAGACUAUCAUGGUGGAAGUGAUGAACUAUGAAGGAGGAAAUUCAUAUAAAAUUCCCCAUUUGCGCAAGGAAAGAUUGGAAUAG